GCCUGGAUAAACUGGCCAUUCCAUUGGCUAAAGAUAGGGAUAUGUAGUGUGUCUCUGAAAUGGGCAAAUAGAAGAUGUAGACUUAAUAGCAUAGGAGAGGUUCAGUGAGGGAGGAAUCCCCUUAUCCUCUGGCUCAAGUCAUGGAGUGGGUAACAUGCAGUGAGUGUGGUCUAUCAGUUUAAGAGGGAGCUGGGUAGGGGAUAGGACAAAGAAAGGGAGAGGAAAAGGUGAGAUGAGCAGGAAAGGGGCACAAUGGAGGGAAUAUGGUCGCUUGGGCAUCAUUAAAAGUAAAAAAUACUAUUCUCUGUUCUCUCAGAAGUCAAAUGAUGACUCAAGUCAAAACAAUUUAUUAUGUUUCCCUUUGCACAUGACUUCUGAUUUGCAGUUUUGUAAACCAAGCAGUUCAGGACUUUUCGCUUAAUUAUGAGGCUAUAUAGAUUAGGUUAUAGUCAUACUUUGAUUAAUUAAAUUACCCUUGAAGCCUUUUACUUAAUCUAAUUUAAUCCCCUCUAUUGGCUAUAAAAUAGAACUAGGCUAGUCAUCAAUGAAAUAGAAAUAAGAACUUCCAAAACAUACAGACCAUGUUAAAAUGCAUUGAAUAAGAGUCAUUCACAUUACCAUGACAUUCAGCUCAAUCAGCGCCAACUGUGCUUGAGUGUGCCACUCUUCUGAAUAAAAUCUUUCCACCUCUGUAUUGGAGGAGAGGGUGUGUCGACAUAUCGGUGACGUCCCUGCAUUACUUCGCUCAAACAGCUCAUUCAGGGAGAGGAACCCAUGGCUCACAGACGCAGAACAUCCGCGUUAUCCUUACCAAAGAAAAACAAACGCCGGCAAAACAUAGACCCUUAAAUAAUGUACGGAAUGACUACACAUAGGCUGGUUCGGACUUUUUUUGUCAUUUUUUUCUCUGGACAGGAAACAAUAUAGAAGCAGGGCAAAGGGUGCCUAUAUUUUGUGAAUCAAGACUGUAUGAAGAAAAGGUGGAGAGAGAAAGCGCGCGGCUCCAUACUCGAUCAACUUGUAGCAUGAUCUCGCAUCACAAGCUCCGGAUCACAGCAAAGUAAAACAAAGGCACAAACUUUAUUUCAUAAGAGGAUUAGAAAUUGGCAUACUUCACUUUGUGCUUUUUAUUUUUGAAGUGGUGAAACAAAAGCACUGUUUUAUUCUCAGGAACAGUGAAUCGUUUUGGAAUCUCACCCAAUCAGCACUGAAGUCUUCCUAUGGCAAACGACACCGAGAAGGACCCAUGCCACAGCAACCUGCACAUCGACAAUGGGAACCCGCGCAUCAGCGCGAUAAUGUUCUCUGCCGGAGUGAUAGGGAACUUGGCCGCUUUGAUCCUUCUGGAGAUCCGUCGCAGGAAGGACAAGAGCCGGCAGCGACUGUCGCUCUUCCACGUCCUGGUCACCACGCUGGUUGUCACUGACUUGAUGGGCACCUGUCUGGUCAGUCCUUUCGUCCUGGCAGCCUACUCCUUUAACACCACCAUUAUUUCUAUGAUUGACAGUAACCCUCCCGCAAUGUGUGAGUAUUUUGGAUUCUGUAUGACUUUUUUCAGCUUGGCCACGUUAUCUGUCCUCUUCGCAAUGGCGCUUGAGCGAUGCCUCUCCAUUGGGUGUCCAUACUUCUACGGGCGGCACGUCACCAAACGUUGUGGAUACAUCACCAUUCCAUUCAUCUAUUUAGUUUGCGGGGUGUUUUGCCUCAUGCCCUUUUUGGGUUUUGGGGACUACGUGCAGUAUUGCCCGGGGACGUGGUGCUUCAUUGACAUGAAUCCGUUAAUGCCGGAAGACCGAGUUUAUCCAGUCCUUUACGCAACCGUUAUGCUCAUCCUAGUCCUCGCUAUAGCGGCUUGUAACGCCUUUGUCGUAUACCACCUGGUUUUGAUGUACCGGAGGCGCAAACUAAACGGGGGAUCCGUGACAACUCGGAGUAAGAAGGACCGGAGAGUCCUCUCCAUGGCCGAAGAGGUCGAACAUCUUAUAGUACUGGUGUUCAUGACGGUGAUAUUCGUGAUUUGCUCCCUUCCUCUGGUGAUCCGUGUUUAUAUCAACUCCACGGGGCAGAGGAAGGAGAGCCACAAGAUGGACCUCAUCGCCCUCCUCUUUCUCUCAACCAACUCCAUCGUGGACCCCUGGGUGUUCAUCUUCCUCAGCCCAUCAGUGCUGCGCUUCUUCUGGGGAGCCCUGUGCAAGACGCCCCUCCUGCGGUCCAGGGAGUCUUUCUUCAAGUCCUCCCUGGGGAAGCAGACGCACGCCCAGCUGGAGCUGUGCCAUCCCAGUGCUGUCUCCGAGUUCACCCACUCUCCGAUGUCCACGCAUAUGGUUUGACCCUGAUGUACUGGACCUAAUUGGGGCCUUGUAUGUUGUCUCUGAAGGGAGAAGCCACUCAGAAUAGUGCCACUGCCCAAAUGUGCUGCCUGCCUAGUGGUUUGGUUAUAUUGCAAGGAUGUGGGGUGUGUGUGUAGCUACUUAGGGGCAACUUCUGGACAAGUGGAGCGGCAACCUACACAUUCCUGCAAACGUAGGCUGCUGCUUGCUUGUUUUGGAACAAGCUCUGAGGCUCAUUUUGGAAGCCUCCGGAGGCCAGCAACAGACAUUUGACGGGCAGUUAGACUCCAACUCUGAGGAGAAUGGAGUUGCAGUACAGGGUCACGUUCUUAAAAGUACUACCCAUUAUUUGUUUUUACAGCCUGGACUCUCAGAUCAGAGGCCACUACAAGGACAGCAAACCAGGAUUCACAUCACUGAAGGAACUAAAUCAGAUAAGGACUGUUUAUUCUAUGUGAGUUGAUCAUGCUCCAGAUGCAUGCAUUGUUGCCACCGUGCCCUGUUACCACACCCUGGGACUCCCAGGGAAGUUUACAUGAAUUCUUUCUAUUGAGAUGUUCCUUCAGCCAUCAAAUGGAAUCCUUGUGGUUUGGGGAAUUGUUAUCAGAAAAGUCAGAGUCAUGCAUGUAAUCCAAGCAAGAUUCACACACUCCAAACCUAUGUUCAAAUACUAUUUAGGGUAUUUCAAAUACAUUUGGAUGUAAGCAUUUGGUAAUUUUAUUCCGAAAACACAAGUAGUUUAAUAUUGGAAUGUAUUUGGAAAUAACCUUGGAAAGUAUUUGCAUGUAUUUCGUAAAUAAAUAUUUAAAUACUACCAUGCAUUUCAACCAGGUCUGUUUGGUAUUUGAAAUAAUGUAGUUGGAAAUACUUUCAAAAUGUAGGCUAUUUAUAGUAGAAGUAGUUGAUUCGGGACACAUUAAAAUAUUUGUACGGUAUUUAUACUGUAUUUGAGUAAAAAGUACUAAAAUACGGUACACAGAAAAUAACAAAAAAUCAAAUACAUGUAUUUGAGCCCAGGUCUGACACACACAUACACUGUCCCCUCUCCCUGCAGCUAUGACCCGUUGACCUUUCCCCUGUCACCCCACUGGGUACUCACCUCAAACGGUCAAAGGGUAAUAGCUCGAGAGUGACAUUUCUUUUUGGAACAUUUAAAUUUUUUAUCAAACAAAUUCAUGUGGUUAUGUUAUGAGAAUUGUGAUAUGAGAGGAGGUUUCGUCUGUACCCUUAUGAGGUACCUCAGUGUUUUAUUUUAUUUCAUCUUUAUUUAACCAGGUAGGCCAGUUGAAAGGACAGAUUGAGUAUUUAUUAUGUGUCCCAGACCUCAGAUCUCAUUGAUGUGUUAGUGUACCUGGUGACAAGGUACUCAUGAAUGUUCAGUGCGCAGUUGUAAAUGUGUAGUUCGUGUGUGUGUGUCAGUAAACCUUUUUAUGUGACGAAAGUAAAUGUCGUAUAAAAAAUGUCACGACAGGCCUGAUGGAAAAAUAACAUUUGUUGGUAAACAUUUAAAAUGUCCACAAGACAAUAUGCCAGACAAUGUGGGAUUUUUUUGUGUCGGUAACAUUUAUUAUGCAUGAAAUGGUGGUGGAAACGCUUUUUUCAUUUCCAAUACAUAUCGAGGGUCUUAUUCUGGUGACAUGAUGAUUCAUGCUUGGCUGUUGUUUGACAAAUAAAAAUAAUCUUGCUAUUUUGUCCAUAAUAAUGUCAUAAUUUAGGCUAUAGCCGCACUGCAUCUGCGAGUGCGAGCUAUUUGCUAGUUUGCACGUGCCAAGACCAGAGUGGACACAUUCGCUAUAAAACGCAACUUUUUUGUGACAAGACCAUCAGUAGAGUUGAAAAUGUGAUGGAAACCCAUUUAACCUUUUAUUCAGGACAUGGGAAUACACACAAUGUUUUAUCUGUAACAUGUCAAUUUGAUGGAAACAACUCUCUGGUGGGGAAAUGUGCAUGUUGUUUUCAUAUGGAUUUUAGAUUAUUUGCAUGAAAAUCUGUCGCCAAUUGGAUGGAAACCUAGCUAAUGUCAAAGAGAUGGCACUGAAAAAAACAUGAUAACAGCAAGAAAUCCUACCUCUAAAGUUGAAGUCGGAAGUUUACAUACACCUUAGCCAAAUACAUACAAACUCAGUUUUUCACAAUACCUGACAUUUAAUCCUAGUAAACAUUCCCUGUUUUAGGUCAGUUAGGAUCACCACUUUAUUUUAAGAAUAUGAAAUGUCAGAAUAAUAGUAGAGAAUUAUUUAUUUCAGCUUUCAUUUCUUUCAUCACAUUCUAAGUGGGUCAGAAGUUUACAUAUACUGUACUCAAUUAGUAUUUGGUAGCAUUGUCUUUAAAUUGUUUAACUUGGGUCAAAUGUUUCGGGUAGCCUUCCACAAGCUUCCCACAAUAUAUUGGGGGAAUUUUUGGCCCAUUCCUCCUGACAGAGAUGGUGUAACUGAAUCAGGUUUGUAGGCCUCCUUGCUCACACACGCUUUUUCAGUUCUGCCCACAAAUGUUCGAUAGGGUCAGGGCUUUUUGAUGGCAACUCCAAUACCUUGACGUUGUUGUCCUUAAGCCAUUUUGCCACAACUUUGAAAGUGUGCUUGGGGUCAUUGUCCAUUUGGAAGACCCUUUUGUGACCAACCUAUAACUUCCUGACUGAUGUCUUCAGAUGUUGCUUCAAUAUAUCCACAUAAUUUUAAUUCCUCAUGAUGCCAUCUAUUUUGUGAAGUGCACCAGUCCCUCCUGCAGCAAAGCACCCCCACAACAUGAUGCUGCCACCCCCGUGCUUCACGGUUAGGAUGGUGUUCUUCGGCUUGCAAGCCUCCCCCUUUUUCCUCCAGACAUAACGAUGGCCAAACAGUUCUAUUUUUGUUCCAUGUUCCACCAGAGGAAAUUUCUCCAAAAAGUACAGUCUUUGUCCCCAUGUGCAGUUGCAAACCGUAGUCUGGCUUUUUUUAUGGCGGUCUUGGAGCAGUGGCUUCUUCCUUGCUGAGUGGCCUUUCAGGUUAUGUUGAUAUAGGACUCGUUUUACUGUGGAUAUAGAUACUUUUGUACCUGUUUCCUCCAGCAUCUUCACAAGGUCCUUCGCUGUACGUUCAUCUCUAGGAGACAGAACGCUUCUCCUUCCUGAGCUGUAUGACGGCUGCGUGGUCCCAUGGUGUUUAUAAUUGCGUACUAUUAUUUGUACAGAUGAAUGUGGUACCUUCAGGCAUUUGGAAAUUGCUCCCAAAAAUGAACCUGACUUGGAGGUCAACAAUUUGAUUUUCCCAUGAUGUCAAGCAAAGAGGCACUGAGUUUGAAGGUAGGCCUUGAAAUACAUCCACAGGUACACCUCCAAUUGACGUCAAUUAGCCCAUCAGAAGCUUCUAAAGCAAUGACAGUCAACUUAGUGUAUGUAAACUUCUGACCCACUGGAAUUGUGAUACAAUGAAUUAUAAGUUAAAUAAUCUGUCUGUAAACAAUUGUUGUAAAAAUUACUUGUGUCAUGCGCAAAGUAGAUGUCCUAACCGACUUGCCAAAACCAUAGUUUCUUAACAAGAAAUUUGUGGAGUGGUUGAAAAAUGAGUUUGACUCCAACCUAAGUGUAUGUAAACUUCCAACUUCAACUGUACCUAUACCUGUUGUUAAUGUUUAUUUAUUUAACCCUGAUUUUAGCAGAUAAAUUGGGAUUCCGUGGUAAAUUGACUGAGAAUAAAUUCUCAUUUACAUGUCAGACCCUGUGAAAGAUCCUGAUUGCACUGAGCUUUUAAACUUUGUCAGGCAUGUGUAAUUAUGUACAUGUGUAUGCCUGUGUGCGUGUGUGUGGAUGUGUGUGUUAACGCUUCUGUUAGUAUGCACCUGGCGUAUCCAUCUAGCCCUUUAUCCAUCAAACCUGUUCUGGAGCCCUGCUUCCUGUCAUAGACCCACGUCAUGGAUGACAUCCAGAUGUGUAUGUUAACAAAGUUAGACUCCCAACCAGCCCUUUAAAAAAAAAUAUUACUCUCUCUCGCUCCAGCAAUAUAACUUACACAAGCAAAUCAGACACUCAAGUUGCCUUUGGGAGAGCAUAUUGAAUUAACAACAUGCAGACCCUUUAAAUUGAUCACUAGUCACAAAUACUAACGAAAUAAACACAAUUAUAUAGCAUUAAUUACAUUGGAGAUGGCUCCACAGGAACAGGCAUGCGAUUUUGAUUACAAACGUGAUUAAUUCUGUUUACUCUUGCAAUUGAUUUAAUGAAGGUGGUUAGUCAGAGGGAAAUUACUUUGUUGAAACAUAUCGUGUCUCGUGUCUGUCCUGGGUCGUGUUGAUUAGGCACCAAAUAUAAGAAAACCAACUGAAACAGGGAGGGACAACAUGAACAUUAACUUUUCUCAAUUUCGUUUUUUGUUGCAAAACGUUUUCCAUUGCAUGCCCUAAUGAACAUCACCCAAAUAAGUUUUCUAGGCUUUAAGGUUGGCGAUGCCGUAGCUAAAGUCUGGGCUGGUAAGAUGGCCUAAGGCCCCCUGCCUUGUGGUGGGAGGAUGUUUGUUUUCAUAUAAUCAAGUUCCUGCAAAGAAGCGUGAGAGUACAGAGGCACAAACCUCUCUGGUCAAAAGUAGUGCAAUAUAUAGAGAAUAGGGUGCCAUUUGGGACACAGCCUUCCUCUCUCAAGGCUAAUACACAGCCAUGCCUAUGAUAUUAGUACAAAUGCCAAUUUAGAUAAAUUAUGUAGUUCAAUGUUGAUUUUUAAGGCAUCAAAUGAACUGAAGUUUUAUGAUUGCUAUUAACAUUGCCCAUGUGGAGUUCAAUCACAAGCCAGUUAUCUACACUCUAUUUUAUUUCUCUGUCACCCACUCUCUCUUAGUCCCUCUCCCUCCUUUUUUUCUCUCACUACCUUGUUCAUUCUCCCCUCACCUUAGACUUCUUGGUCACAUUUCAAAAGGCCUCCUCCUUGUCCCUCACCUGAACAUACAAACAGAAACACACACACACACACAGCGGGUUAAUUUGAGGGAAUGUGAUUAAGUCACAGGCUCUGACAAGAGACAGAGAAUGCCAGACACCCAUUGGAGAGAAACGUGUUUAUCAAACAACUGCAAUGUCUUGUCUGCCAAACUGACCCGCGUCGCCAAGAACUGACAUCCUCCCAGACGUGAUUGUUCCAUUCGACUCACUUACCUGUCUGGUUCCAUUUGGGUUUAGCUGACUAGUACAUUUUGCACAUUUCAAAUGUACACGUGGUUGGCUUGACGUAAACCCAACAUGACACAUUCCAGGCACUUGUACCUACGUACCAUUGGGGUCUAUGACUAUUUCAAGCAAGGCAGCUUUGAAAAUAGUCAUUGUAUGUGCUUUUUUUGUCUUGUCGCUUGCAGCAGGUACUAUAUGCUACCUAAUUGUGUCUCAAUUGCUGGUUCUUGUGAAUUUUCUGUCAAAAUUAACAAUGUUUUAGUAACGUGUUGUAAUAAAGCUGGUACCACUAAAGAUUA